UUGUGAUCCAACAUGGCUGCCACUGUAUGCAAAUAGUUCAGGAGGUAAAUAAUGCCAGUUCGAAUUUCGCUUCAGUGAGUCGGUGUGACGCCAAUUUUAAUCCAGCCGGCCGCCCCCGAGAGCCGGAAACGUCCCCUGUUCCACAUCUGGGCCGUCGGGGCCCUUGCAGCUGUACGCUCGAACCGAAAAGCGCCGAUGCCCGCAAAGCCAGUGGCCUGAGGUUUGAUUCGCACGUGAGUUUGGGCUGUUGAGGCCCUAUUUGGGCCCUCCAGAGGCACGAUGACCGACACAAGGCGGAGGGUAAAACUGUACGCGCUUAACGCCGACCGACAAUGGGACGACCGGGGCACCGGACACGUUUUCUCGUCCUACGUCGACCGGCUGAAGGGCAUCUCCCUGUUGGUUCGCGCCGAGUUGGACGGAUCUCUUUUGCUCGAGUCCAAAAUUCAGCCGGACACUGCCUACCAAAAGCAGCAGGACACCCUGAUUGUGUGGUCCGAGGGUGAAAACUUUGACCUGGCGCUGAGCUUCCAGGAAAAAGCUGGUUGCGACGAAAUUUGGGAGAAGAUUUGUCAGGUUCAAGGCAAAGACCCUUCGGUGGACAUAACUCAGGAUACUGUAGAGUCGGAGGAUGAGCGUUUUGAUGACACUUCUGACUCGGCACCUGUGGAGUUACCGCCGUGCGAGAUGGCCAGGCUGGAAGAGAUCAGCGAGGUCAUCAGGUCGUGCUUAGGCUCCCCAAUGCGCAAGGACAAAGUUGCCACUGCCUUGGAGCACGAAGGCUACAUCAAAAAGUUGUUGGCCGUGUUCCGCACCUGUGAAGACCUCGAGUCCGUUGAACAUCUUCAUCACCUAUACACCAUCUUCAAGAACAUCUUUCUCGUCAAUAAAAAUGCACUCUUCGAAGUCAUGUUCAGCGAGGACACCAUUUUUGACGUUGUUGGCUGUCUCGAAUACGACCCCACAUUGCCCACGCCCAAGCGGCACAGAGAAUACCUCAAGGGCAUAGCAAAAUUUAAGGAAGUCGUUCCCAUCAACAAUCCCGAACUGCUUGCAAAAAUUCAUCAGACUUAUCGAGUUCAGUACAUCCAAGACGUGGUGCUGCCAACACCUUCAGUUAUCGAGGAAAACAUUCUUUCUACGCUGUCAAGCUUCAUUUUCUUCAAUAAGGUUGAAAUAGUCACCCUCAUCCAGGAGGAUGAUAAGUUCCUGACUGCAGUGUUUGUGCAGCUGAUGGACGAAAACUUGGACCCAACCAAGAAAAGGGACCUGGUGUUAUUUAUUAAGGAAUUUUGCAACUUCUCGCAAAACCUGCAACCUCAAGGCAAGGAAACAUUCUAUAAGACGUUGAGCGCGCUCGGAAUACUGCCUGCUCUGGAGCACACUCUGGCAAGCACUGAUCCGGUCACAAAGGCUGCCUCGAUAGACAUUCUUACUCACAUUGUCGAGUACUCGCCCUCGGUUGUCAGGGGUUACACAUUACAGCAGGCAAACAGUGCUGAUGAGGAGCAGCUGCUGAUAAAUGUGAUAAUUGAACAAAUGAUUUGUGACUCCGACCCUGAACUUGGCGGUGCUGUUCAAUUAAUGGGUGUCCUCCGCAUCCUCUUGGACCCUGAAAAUAUGCUGGCUUCGAUCAGUAAAAGCGAAAAAACUGAUUUCCUCAAUUACUUUUACAAGCAUAGCAUUCAAGUUCUAAUAGAUCCUCUUUUGGUGAACACUGAAGGCGACGCACCUAUCCGAGAUGACUAUUGCACUGCACAGUUAUUGGCCGUGGUUCUGGAAUUAUUGUCGUUUUGUGUAGAGCACCACACCUACCAUGUUAAGAAUUGCAUCCUCAACAAAAAUUUAUUGGGCCGUGUUCUGGUGCUGACGCGCUCAAAGCACACUUUCCUGGUGCUCAGUGCUCUUCGGUUCAUGCGUAAAAUCAUUGCUCUCAAAGACGAGUUUUACAACCGGUACAUAAUCAAGAACAACUUGUUCAGGCCAGUGGUGGACACAUUUAUCCGCAAUAGCAGCAGAUACAACCUUUUAGACUCUGCAAUUAUCGAACUCUUUGAGUUCAUUAAACUGCUGAGUUAUGAUUUGCAGGAGGAUAUCAAGUCUUUGUGGUUGCAUGUUGUCGAGCAAUAUGGCAAGGUGCUUGACGAAGUUGACUACGUACAAACUUUUAAGGCUUUGCGAGUUCGUUACGAGCAGCAUCAAGACAAAUUGAGGGACCGUGAUAGGUCCUCACUUGAUGGAGUGCCAUCUAUCCUGAGAAAUCCUCGUUUUCGGCGUGACCCACGGCAGCUAGAGGAGGAGGAAGACAUGUGGUUCAACGACGAGGAAGACUUCGAGGAUACCCCAGACCCCAAAAAACUUGACUCGGAGCUGGACUCGUUAGGCAAGUUGAUGGAGCGCAAGACGCCUGGUCGAAUGAACAACAACGCAGCAGGCGACGCCUCCGGAUCACCCCCUGGAAGUCCAGGAAGUGAUAAACUCAUGUUCAAAAAGGGACUUGUUGAUUACGAGGGAGACAGUGAUGAGGAGGAGGAAGAGGAGCCAGAGGACGAUGACUUGGUGGCCCCAAAAAGGGCAAAACUGUCGUGAAGUGCGUCAUUGAGCUGUAUGAGUGAGUGCAUGAGAAUGAAUUUAUCUGAAUGAGAGGGAGUGCCGUCCUUGUUUGUGAGUGUAUAUUUACAGCUAAUGUACAUUUUUAUAAUAAAUAAUGGAAGUAGACUGAA